AAGGAUUGAACAACGCAAUGCUUCUUGUAUGUAAUCUGUUUCAAAAACAAAACUUUCUGAUCAGCAGAACAAGUUUUCUCCUUAUUUGUCAGGCCUGCUCCUUGUAUCAAAUGCUGACUGGAUGGUAAAAGGAGAAGCAGAUUAUGGUUGGUUUGGCUCAUCACUCAGCAGUGUCCAGCUCCUAAAUAAAACCUUGCUGCUUAUUGGAAGUCCUUUUGGGAGAAAUUGUACAAGCUUAGGGUGCUAUUUCUCUGAACGCAACAAGCAAGCUGUUGGAACAGUAUAUGGCUAUACCCCACCAAACACAAAAAGCUGGUUCACUUUAAGUGGGGACGAUGAAAAUGGAAAAUUUGGUUCAGCUUUGGCAACCGGUUUCCUUUCCAUAGAAGGAAUCUCCAAGCAAGUACUGAUAGUUGGUGCACCAACACAAGGAAGCGUCUCCAGGAUUUCAUUUAUAUCCUCACCGCUGCACCAAGCAGGAAGUGCUUUGAUAUAUGACUUGAUGGGAAAUGGCAAGCCUUCCUUACUCAGCACAUUCAAUGGGGAUAGGAGAUUUUCACGCUUUGGAGAAGAGGUGUACUUACGGGAUCUGAACAAUGAUGGACUUGAUGAAAUGUUUGUGUCAUCGCCUCUUCGAAACCAAAAAAGUAUGGGUGGAUUGUUUGGAGAACAAAUUGGAUAUAUUUAUAUAUACAGUGGGAACCAGACCACUUCAGGUCAUGUGACAGACCACUGCAAAUCAUGGAUUUCCCCUUGUCCUGAAGAGCGAGCACAGUAUGUGAUAAUUUCUCCAGAGCAAAAAUCAAGAUUUGGGAGUGCUCUUCUUACAAUAAAAAGUGGAGAAAAGAGUGAUGUUGUCGUAGCUGCUGAAAGAAGUUCAACUGAAGCCCGACUUAGUGGAAGGCUUUUUAUUUACACUUUCUGAUUAUCAUUCUGUUUUUCAAAGAAUCUCUUCAAUGAAGUAAUCCCGAGUUUUGUGCACCAGUAAUUCCUGAAAGCAUAACAGCAUAACAAACCUGCUCCUGACUUAGUAUAAGAACAAUACUAAACCUUUAAGAAGUUAAUCAUGCCUCUUAAAAUUAGUGUAUUUUUUAAAGAUGUUCAUGCUAAAUGGAAUAAUGAGGAAAAAUUUUUCUAAAUCUUUUGUAGCUUUUGGCCACUAGCUAUUUAAUAGUUGCAUGACAGCAGAUAUAGUCUUAAAAAAAUUCCAACAGACUCGGAUUUAAUAUAUUGGAGAACAAAGCCAAGAAGAAUUGUAAAU